AUGAGAGAUGAGCACUCAAACAAUGUUAAUAUGAAAAUAUGGUAGUUGAUGUUUCUGUAACAAAUAUCGUAGUCAUAUCAGAUUAUAUAUCUUUCCUAUCUCAUUUGGAAAUUUGAUCCUUUGUAUUUGAUGUCAUAAUACUGGAUGCUUGAUAUUUUUAUGUUGACAGCUUUGGGAUUAUUGAAAAUAAAAUUUAAAGCAAUUGUAAAUAAUUUAAUUAUGGAUACUUUGAUUGGAAGUGCACUCAAAUUAUUACUUCUGAUUAAUGUUAAAUAUUAUUAGCAAUUCUAAAUUUAGUAUUUUAGCUAUGCAAUUAUGGCAUACUAUUUCAUUAGAGUACUUGUAUAGAAUGUUCGUAAAAUAUCAAACAAUUAAUAAAUAUCAUAAUAUUCAUUUAUUGUUUAAGGAAUCAAAUUGCUAUUUGUAUUGCAAAUCAUGUUGAUAACAAUGAAGCGAACAAAAGCUAUAACUUGGAAUUGGUACAGUGUAUUCAGCAUAUCCUGGGGAUUGUUGAUAAUUUCCUUCAUUGUGUAUUUUGUGUUUCUGCUCUCUAUGGGGGAAACCAUUAUGGAUUACGUUAGAAAUCGCACAACAAAAUCGCAAUUGAUAGGAGGUCUAUGGUUGUCAUUUUACAUGAAUUCAUUUUCAAUCUUGCCCAUGUGGUUUCUCUUAGAAGUAAGUUGGCAUGAAGAAGCCAACUAUUCAAACACAACUCAAACUCUAUUUUUUGUACUAAUUGUUUACAAUGGUAUAAUACUAUUAGGAUUGCUACUGUUUUUUUCCUACAUUAAAUAAUAUAUCAUUGAAAUCAGGUAUAAUACAACUAAUGAAAAAAAUGAGACCAGGUAGCCUCAAAAGUUCAGGUAAGUUGACAUUCCUUACAAAAUUGUCCAAAUUUCAUCGACCUAUUUUGACAUCAUCCGCUAUUAGAAGAAUGUAAUCUCUGUGAAUCAUAGCAAUCAGUCAGUGAUUCAUUAGAAAACAAAAUUAAAGGCAUUUGAAUUUGUUGGAAAGACUGAGCAAUUAUAAUCUCCUGCGGCUGAAAGGGAAUUAGAAUUAAUUAAACAAAUUGAAGAAAAAUGUCAAAUCUGCUAUGAUGUAGAACCUAAUAUUGUAUUAUUGCCAUGUCAACAUGGGGGAUUGUGCGAGGAAUGCAUUAUUAAGUGGUUGGAGAAAUAGAAAAAUUGUUAUAUUUGUAGAUAAAAAAUAGAAAAAUACUUAAGAAUUGCGAAAAGCAAUGAGGAUGGAAAGUUUACAAUUCGUGAUAUUGCUAUGUGCGAUUGAAAGCAAAAGAAUAUAAAAUCUCUUUAAUUAUACGCAUAAUUAUAUCAUCAA